UUAGGGAACAAAUGGAUCUCUUUAGCGAUGGAACCAGAUGAGCAACAAGAUGCACGACGAUACUUCUACUCAAAAAGUGGCAUCCCUGGUGUUGUGAUGUGUGUUGAUGGAACACACAUAAAAAUUAUUGCCCCAGUGGACGAUUACGAUCAGCAUUUUAACCGGAAGGGCUAUUACAGCUUAAACGCGAUGAUUAUUUGCGACCAUCUCCUGAAAAUUCUUUAUGUGAAUGCCAAAUUCGGAGGAGCUAAUCACGAUUCACAUAUUUGGAAUGUAAGUGGAAUGGACAACUUUUUCGAAACAAAACAUCGACGCGGAGAAACUGCAUUCAAUCUACUAGGUGAUGCUGGAUACCCGUCAAAACCGUGGUUAAUAACACCAAAACGUAAUCCUGCUCCAAACACACCAGAAGCUGCCUUUAAUAAAAACCAUUCUUUAGGUAGAGAAAUAGUGGAGCGCACGAUCGGGUUGCUCAAAAAUAGAUUCAGAUGUUUGUUAGGUGCUCGACAGUUGCACUACACCCCGGUAAAAGCAACUCAAAUAACGAACGUAUGUUGUAUGUUACACAACAUGUGCAUUGCGUAUGGAUUGGAAGAGCCAAGCUCAGAUGAAUAAAAGGCAACUAGAGGCAGGCUAGAGGUCAAGUUCAUUUAUUUUUUUAAGUUCAUCACAUAAGUUUGCAUCACAAAAAGAGUUCAUUUAUCACAGUUCAGUUAA